AUGACUAAACCCACCACCCAAGGCUCCGAGCGCUUUGGUUCCGAAACCAUCGAGCUGCGCCAGCGCACCCUCGCCGUCGAGUCGGUGUCUGUCGACGAGGACGAAAUCGAGUACCCCGACGGCGGUCUCAAGGCGUACACCGUGCUCUUUGGUGCAUUUCUCGGAUUCACCGUCAACUUUGGGCUCAUCAACUCUGUCGGAGCUGUGCAGUCAUAUUUAAAUAACCACCAGUUGCAGCACGUGUCGUCGUCCAUCUCAUCGCUCAUAUUUUCCAUCUUUCUGUGUAUCAGCUACGUUGCCGGCAUUUUUUCUGGAGUGCUGUUUGACGAGUUUGGCAGCCGUAUUCCGAUGGCUACCGGGACCGUCCUGCUGUUCCUAGGGCUCUUUCUGACGGGCGAAUGCGAGUCGGUGGUCUCGUUCGUGCUUGUGUUUGGUGUCGUUACCGGCACGUCGCUCGGCUUCCUGAUGUCGCCGCUUGGAGGGGUGGUGUCGCACUAUUUCAUGAAAAAACGGGCCCGUGCGUUCGCCAUCGCCACCCUCGGCGGGUCCGUGGGCGGCGUGGUGUUCCCGCUGAUUCUCAACAAGCUGUACACGACGGUCGGCUUCAGAUGGACUAUGCGGAUUCUGGCAUUUAUCUGCUCUGGCCUGCUUGUCGUGUCUUUUACCCUGAGCAAAGAAAGACUGCGGCCCGAGUCACCGUUCGCAGACACGCAGCUGCCGUUUGGGAAAAAGUUCAAGCUCGUGCUCAGGAACGUCUACUUCAUGAGCAAGCGGUCGAUCGACUUCAAGGCCCUCAAGGACCCAAAGUAUCUGUUCUGCACUCUUGGCGGAGCCUUCACCGAGGUGUCGCUCGUGUGCGCGCUGACCUAUUAUGCCUCCUUUAUCAUCUACAUUGGCUACUCGGAGACACAGGGAAACACGAUGCUGACCAUCGUCAACGCCAUAGGCGUCGCCGGCCGCUUCCUCCCGGGCGUCAUCGCCGACAAAAUCGGGCCCUUCAACGUGAUGAUCGUCAUGUCUGCAGGAAUUGCGCUCUCAGACCUCGCCCUGUGGCUCGGCUACGCAACCACGUCGAAAAGCCUGGCCUCGCUGUACACGUUUGCAACCGUCUACGGGUUUUUCAGCUCCUCGGCGCUGAGCCUGACCCCGGCCUGCUGCGCGGCUGUCUCGCCGACAAAAGAUUUCGGGAAAAGGUACGCGACACUCUCGUUUGUGAUCGGGUUGCUGUUCCUGGCCGGGCUGACGGCGGGCGGUGCCAUCAUCGGCAAACAGUCGGUCGCGUCGUACCAGCACUUUGUCGCCUACACGGGGGCACUGGCAGCAAUUGCCUGCGUCAUCUGGAUCAUAGCCCGCAUCCACAUCACCGGCUGGAAGUUCCUGGCCAGGGCCUGA